AAAAGGAAGAGCCUGAUGGCAGCUCUGUCUGAGAACGUGUUGACAGUCAACAUGUUACUGAUUGUCUUCUUUCUUCCAGGUGUUUCGACUGGUUCCUGUAAUGGUACAACACCAGCCCUCUUAAUUACUGCACCACGGGAGAUUGAAGCACUGAGUGGAACUUGUUUGCAAAUCUCAUGUAGCUUUAAUACAAAUGAAACAUUUGACAGCAGCAGAAGAAUCAGUGGAGUUUGGAUGAAACAUAAUUUAGAUUUUAAAUCCAAUCCAAGCCUUGUCAUUUUCAACAGCAGUAGGUCAGUUAACACCUAUUCACUGAAUAUUACUGGAAAACUUAGAGAGAAAAACUGCACCACUCUGUUUCCUGAUUUAAACACAAGUUACACGGACAGAUACUUCUUCAGAAUUGAGAACGAACCUUUCAGAGCAACAGCUUGUAGGAAUCCAAUUCAGAUAAAUGUGAAAGAUUCUCCUUGGAGUCCCAGCAUUAAGAUCUCUGGUGGUGAUCUGAAGGAGCAUCAGUCUGUCACUAUAACCUGCUCAGCUUUGACUCCCUGUCCACACUCACCUCCUGAACUCACCUGGAAUCUCCAACAAGACUCUCACAGACAAACAGAGAAAAACACAGAUGGAACCUUUACAACUAAAAUCCAGGAGAACAUCACUCUGUCAGACACACAUGAUGGAUACAACAUCAGAUGUUCUGCCAGAUAUCCUGUGAAUGGAGGAAACAAGACAGCAGAGACAGCAGUGACUCUCAGUGUUUCAUAUGCUCCUAGAAACACCUCAGCAUCCAUCAGUCCAUCAGGUUUGGUGUCAGCAGGUAGCUGGGUGGAGCUGAACUGCUCCAGCAGAGCCAAGCCUCCUGCCAGCUUCACCUGGUUCAUGAACAGCAAACAUGGAGCCAUUAAUGUAUCUGUGGGGCAGGUUUACAGCUUCAGUGUUACUGAGGGAGGAGAGUUUUAUUGUGUGGCUACAAAUGAUCUGGGUAAUGAGACGUCAUCAGAGAUCCUUCUCAGUAUUGAAGCAGACAGCCCUGUAUACUGGCAGGCUAUUUUAGGGGGAAAAAUCGGGCUCAUCUGCCUGACUGUUGUUUGUGUUUGGAUCUUUAAGUCCAAACAUCCAACUCCUCAACAGACUCAGACUCAAACAAGUGAGAAUAUUUCUGUUCAAAUACCAGCCAAUGAAAAAGAGCAAGAACUUCAUUAUGGAGACGUGAACUUCCUUCAGAGGAGACCAGAAGCUUUCACCCUCCCAGCACAGCACAGUGGACAGCAGGAGAUGGUGUACUCUCAGAUUAAGGUGUCUGCUGCCCCUCCAGAGGAUCUCUACGCUCAAGUGAAGAAAACAUAAUUUCUGUUCUGUCAUCAGAAUUUUUCUUUUUAGUUACAGGAGAUUUUGGCUCAGGCUGAAUCUGUUGUUGAUUCAAAAAAAGGAAGUUCUUAGCCCGCAGGACUCAUGAUUUUAUCACAACCAUCAUCAUUUUAUCAUCUCUGUUUGGACCUUAAACUGCUGUUAUAUAAACUCAGGAAAGAUGUGGAGCGGAUUCAUAUUAUUGAUUACAAUGGAUGAUUUAGUCCUGCUUCUUCUUAGUUUGAUGACAAGGACAUUUAGCUUUGCUUAGACCCAAAUCAAGUAGCGAAGCUUUGCAUCCUUCAUUUCUUUUCUAAAAAAUCUUUAGAAUUUGAAUCCACAACUUAUUAGUUGUAAUACAUAUAUUUGUAUUGUUAUUUCCAAGAGUUUUUCUUAUAUUUCAUUUUAGGUCUUUUUGGCAAACUUUCAUUUUAAAUAUAUCAGACUCCUUGUUUCAUUUUUGUCUUUAGGUUUUGGAGCAUUUCAGUGUUUUGUUCAGACAUGAUAAACAUCUGAUGUUCUGUGUUUUUCACAUCAGUAUUACAUGACGUAAUAUUUGUAACCAGAGCUCAGGGAUGUUUCUGCUUCCUCACACAGGAAACUGUUUUUUCUUGAUAAUUAUAAAUUCGCAGCUUAUAUAGAGAUAUAUUGUGUUCUUGUUUUAAACGGGAAAUAAUAAUAAAAAACUUGGAUUUA